CGAUAGGUGACGAUCCGGGCUGAUGGCGCUGAUCUGACAGCAAGCCGUGGCAGGCUGUGGCCACAACACCGCAGUCACUCUUAUUUCACUCUCGUACGUUAUGUUCCAGGGAUCACAAUAUGCCUAGUACCACUAGGAAAUUCGUCGGUUCCGUCAAAGACGAUUGGCAAUUGUACAGUGACCGCUCCACGGACUACACAAUUGGAUCCCCCAUAGGUUUUGGCGCAUCAUCUGUGGUCUAUGCCGCAAUUUAUAACCCAAAUCCGCAACGUCCUAUUCCAUGCGCGCUGAAAGUUCUUGACUUGGACGCACUACCCCCUCAUUCCCUAUCUUUGCUACAGCGGGAGACACAACUUAUGUCCUUAUCAAAGCACCCAAACGUGCUACGUGUACGUGGCAGUUGGAUGGAUGGCCACAAAUUAUAUAUUGCCCUCCGUCUCAUGAACAAGGGCAGUGCCGCCGAUGUGAUGCAUUACGGCUGGCCCGGUGGAAUGGAAGAAGAAGUUGUCAAAUGCAUCCUCAAGCAAGCCCUCGAAGGCCUCAACUACUUGCAUAUAAACGGAUUCAUUCAUCGCGACGUAAAAGGCGCCAAUCUUCUUAUCGACGACGAUGGCACAGUUUUGCUAGGCGAUCUUGGGGUAGCCGCAUCCCUUACAGAUGACGCCGAUAUAUCAAGUAGAGUUUGCAAUGAUGCUGGCAGUCAUAGCGUUAACUUUGGCCCUGUGUCCACUGCCACGAGCUCUUGUCCGGUACUUGUACGCCCCGGUAUGGGAAAGCGGAAAUCGUUUGUCGGGACUCCCUGUUGGAUGGCGCCCGAACUUAUUCAAGGCCAUCGUUACGAUUCAAAGGCUGACAUUUGGUCAUUUGCAAUAACCGCUAUUGAGCUCACCCAGGGUCGUCCUCCGCGAUCGAGAGAAAGCGCUCAUAAUGUCCUUCUACAAACUGUUCAGGGUAAACCACCGAAGCUUGAUUUGGUAGGGGGUGUCCACAGGUAUUCACGCGCCUUUAAGGACAUGGUCGACGCCUGUCUGGUAAAAGAUCCCUCUAAACGUCCAACGGCUGCCCAAUUGCUCCACACCUCAUUUUUCCGGUCUUCCAAGAAGAAGUCCUAUCUCGUCAGCACAAUCUUGGAUGACCUCCCGCCCCUUACAAUGCGACAAGAACGUCGCAAACAUCCAAGCAUGAUUACUCAUGGAACAAUGGACUCAUGGGACUUCAACUCCACAGAGACAAACCCGUCUGCACCCUCGAUCCAUUUGGGUUCAAAACGAGGUAGUUCAGGGGGUGUGCCGAGAAGUGGGAGUCUUGACGUUGGAUCAGACAAUCACCAUGAGUUGGUUGACGUACAUCCAAGAUUCGAGCUUACACAUGGUGCCGAAGAAGAAACAGCGUCAAUCACCCCUGUAGUCGUUAGUUCCGCUUCAUUUUCAACGUCCAUCAACGUCCAGGGCCUUGAUAUAGAAAAAGACAAGGACGAGUUUCUCCUUUCGGGUUCUCAAUUGCGCACUAAUUACGGCGUGUCCCAAUCUUUGGAUUCAUCAUUCCCUGGGCCACGUUCCGUACCUGCUCCUAUCCCCAUUCCAAAGCGAGCGUCAUCUUACUUUCGUAAAGGCGCCGCCUCUGCCCCCACCUCUGCUCCGCCACUGGUUUCUCCAAAACUUUGGCAGCGCCUAACCCACGCCACUUCUCGCAAUAUAAUUGACGAAUACCCACCUGUGAGAGAGAAGAAAAUGAGUGGGUUAUCACGUAUGCUCAGCAGACGUGGCACUGCCACUUCCUUAGCUCAAUGAUAGUAUCUGGAUCCAUUUAAUAACCCAUAUACGACAGUCGAUAUAUUCGUUAUCCUUAAAGGCUAACGCCCUAUCGUGUACUAACUUCUACCAUCGUCAAGGCUACUGUACCGAAAUCUAUGCAUAUCUAUCUGUUACCACUUAUAAUACUCGGAACCCCUCAGCCAUGACUGUACCGAAAUUUAUGCAUAUGUCUAUCUGUUAUCAGUUAUAAUACUCGGAACCCCUCAG